AUGUCCUUUAUAAUGCGUUUUCUCGCUGCCGCCUCCUUAGCGGGUGCGGCCAUUGCAGCCCCAGCUUCCCCAACCGCAACAGACACUGCCGAUGUCUAUGCUGCUCAGGCCACGGCUCGCACUUCAAGUCCAACCAGCCAUGUCAAAGGCAAAGCGUUUGACAGAUAUGUCUCUAUUUGGUUUGAGAAUACCGACUUUGAUAUGGCGGCUGCUGAUCCCAAUUUUCAAUUCUUUGCCGAGAAGGGUAUCACGUUAACCAACAACCUUGCUCUUACUCACCCAUCUGAGCCAAAUUAUAUGGCCGCUGUUGGCGGUGAUUAUUUCGGUCUCGACGGUGAUCCAUUUAUCCAGGUUCCUCAAAAUGUUUCCUCUGUCGUUGAUCUGCUCGAGGAUAAGGGCAUCUCCUGGAGUCUGUACCAGGAAGAUAUGCCAUACACUGGAUUUGAGGGGUUCGCUUGGGUCAACCAACAGAAUGGUGCCAAUGACUACGUUCGAAAGCACAACCCCGAGAUUCUCUAUAACUCUGUGGUCACCAAUUCCGACAGACUUUCCAACAUCAAGAACACCACCCUUUUCUAUGAAGAUCUCAAGGCCAACAAGCUCCCUCAGUGGAUGUUCAUCACUCCUAAUAUGACUAGUGACGGCCACGAUACUUCCGUCACUGUUGCUGGCCAGUGGCUCCGCACCUUCCUGGAGCCCCUUCUAGACGACAAGAACUUCAUGCAAAACACCAUGGUUCUGAUCACUUUCGACGAGAACGAGACUUAUACCAUCCAAAACCGCGUGUUCAGCGUUCUCCUCGGCGAUGCCGUGCCCCAGGAGCUUGUCGGAACCACCGACUCCAACUACUACAACCACUACUCUGAAAUUUCUACAGUCGAGGCUAAUUGGGGUCUCUACACCCUCGGACGUUGGGACGUAGGUGCCAACGUCUUCUCCAAUGUCGCUGCACACACUGGUGAUAGAGUCCGAUGCUGGGACGCCCAGCCAGAUUUGGAGCACCGUUAUUUCAACUACUCGUAUAGCGGUAUUUUCAACUCGAAGAGUUUCGCUGUGCAACCGGUUCCAGACGUGCACUCGAACCGUAAUUUCCGCACCACUUUCCCUGCUAUCAAGAAGCAAUGGGAGAAGUAUCAACAGUACAACUAUUACCAUGGCCAACUUGAAAUCCCUGACGGAUACAACCCACCUGCCGUCAUCAACUACUCUACUUAA